GUGCACCUGGCCCCACGCGCGGCCGCCUCUCCCCUGCACCUGGCCCCACCCACGUCCUCCUCCUCCUCCUCCUCCUCCUCCUCCUCCUCCUCCUCCUCCUCCCCACAGCACUUUGUCCUUGUCCUCGGACGCGGCGCACCUGGCCCCACCCGCGGCCUCAGUCUCGGGCUCCACCUCCUCCUCCUCCAUCCUCCCCCGCGCCAAGCACCAGGUCCUUGUCCUCCGACACGCGGCGCACCUGCGCACCUGGUCCCACGCGCGGCCUCCUCCACCCAGCGCGUGGUUCUCAUCCUCCGACACGGCCCACCUGACCCAGCCCACGCGCAGACUCCUCCCGGCACUUGGCCCUCAUCCUCGCCUCGCCCCAGCGGACACAGCCCGCCCUGCCCAGAGGGUCCCGGAGAGCAGGGCCUCAGCGAUAAACCAAAGCUGCUUCCUGGUCCAUUUGCUCCUCUCCAUAAAAGAAUUUUGAAAAAGUAUGCACCAAAUACGCAUGCUUAAUAAUUUUAAGUAGUUGCAAAGCUUUAAUUUCUGAUGUCUUGAGGACAUUUUGAAACUGUUAAAUAUGCUUUAAAAUUAUGUCCAGUAGCUCAAAAAACAGUAGAAAUAGCCAUUCUCCAUCUUAAAAAAUUAUGAACAAACUCCUUGUUUAAAAGUCAGACAUUUUACAUUCUGUUCUCCUUCAGCGUCUUUCCAUUCCACUUCCUGCAACAAAACAGUAUGCUAAAGUAAGACAUUUUUAUACUAAACCAUUUUUACUGAUCACUGUUUUUGUUUGGUUGGGUUUUUUUGUUUUGGCAAGAGACCCAUACAAAUACAGUCCACGUCCUCAUUCAUUCACGGAUUCUGUGCAAAUUCACCUACUCGAUAAAAUUUGUUUGUAACCCCAAAAUCAAUACUGGUGGCACUUUCCCAGUCAUUCACAGACAUGACACACAUUCCCAGCUAAACUUGAACAAGACCGUGCUCUGCCCUCUUGCUUCAGCUCCUAAGGUAAGCAGAUGUCCUUUUCACUGUCUACUGGCAUCACGUUUUUCACAUUUUUGUGGUUCUUCUUGGUGACUUUGCUAUUUUAAAUGGCCCCCAAGCGUAGCGCUAAAGCACUGUCUAAUGUUCCUAAGCGCAAAAAGGCUGUGAUGUGCCUUACAGAGAAAAUACGUGUGUUAGAUAAGCUUCGUUCAGGCCUGAGUUACAGUGCUGUUGGCCGUGAGUUCAACGUUAAUGAAUCAACAAUACGGUACAUCCAGAAAAAGGAAGAUGAUAUUCGCCGAUCUGUACGUGAGGCUGCUCCAGAAAGUGCUAAAGUAACAUCUAUAGUGCGUGAUGCGGCUAUGGAAAAGAUGGAAAAGCAGCUAAAUUUGUGGAUUCAGGAGAUGACAACCAAUAAAAAGAGCAUGGUAGACAGUGUUGUUGUGAGGCUGAAAGCCAAGGAAAUUUACAGUCAUGUUACCCAGGGUCAGGAAAAGGUUAAACCCUUCUCAGCUAGUGCAGGCUGGCUUGCACGUUUCAAAAGGCGAUACCACAUGAAAAACGUUAAACUUGGACGGAAGGCAGGUCCUGCAGACGAGGAAGCUGCAGAAGAAUUUAAAAAGUAUCUGCUAAGCAUUAUACAUGAAAAGGGUUAUAUGGAAGAGCAGGUUUUCAACGCUGAUGAGACAGGCUUGUUUUACAAGAAUGUUGGCAGACGAACCUAUAUAAUGCAAAUGGCCUCCAAGGCUCCUGGCUUUAAAUCAUUCAAAGACCGUGCAACCUUGCUAUUAUGUGCCAAUGCCAAGGGUGACUUUAAGUGCAAACCCCUCAUGGUACACAGAGCACAAAACCCUCGAGCACUUCGAGGGAAAAAUCUGAACCGUAUGCCAGUCCAUUGGAGGUGGAACAAAAAGGCAUGGAUGGCGUCUGAAAUAUUCUGGGAUUGGUUCCACAACUGCUUCAUCCCAGAAGCUGAACGCUACCUCCAUAGCAAAAACCUUGCCUUCAGGAUUUUACUAAUUUUGGAUAGUGCCCCAGUUCAUUGCCAUGAAGAACUUGAAAAUGCCCACCCUGACAUAGAAGUUCUCUUCAUGCCCCCAAACACUGCUUCUCUCAUCCAACCCCUCAGUCAGGGGAUAAUAAAAGCUUUCAAGGCCCACUACACCAGGGAGCUUUAUAGCAAGGCUUUUGAGGCUCUUGAUGCCAACGAGGAAACCACCAUGAUGGACUACUGGAAUUCCGUCACGAUACGCAACGUUAUAGAUUAUAUCAGCACAGCGUGGGACAGCAUCAGGCAGGCUACUAUUAAUAACUGUUGGGCAAAUGUUUGGCCAGACUGCGUGAAAACUUUUGAAGGCUUUGAAGGUGUUAGAGAAAAUAUAAAGAACAGUGUGGAAAACAUAAUGCAUAUUGCACAGCAAAUAAGUGGAGAAGGCUUCAGAGACAUGAGGGAGGGAGAUGUGGAGGACAUUUUGGCAGAAAUGGCAGUAGAACCCACCAACAAAGACCUGGAUGAGAUAGCAAAGCAUGGCACUGGCAUCAGCGAUGAUGAUGGCAGUGAUGAAGGUCAGCCUAAGACUCCAAGAAUUGUCCCUCUCACAGCAGCCAAAAUAGCAGAAUGGAAUUCUGCUCUGGAAAAAAUUUUCCAUGACAUGGAAGAAUGUGACCCCGUGCUCGAACGGAGCCUCACAUUUAAGCGCCUCACCUCCACUGCAUUCGUCCCUUAUGCAGAAACACUUAAAGAUUUGAGGCGAAAAGCCAAGCAGACGAGGCUGAAGGAAUUUUUCAAGCCAGUUUGGGAGGGAGAGUUGCCGACACCAUCAACACAUUGUGAAAGCCGAACUCCUGAGGUAGAGCUGUCCGAUCUCACAUGUCACCCUCACUGACUUCUUCCUCUUCUGCCGAGUACGUCACCUACUCUGUCUUGGUUUUUGUGGGGCAAGCCAAGGUCUAGAGAUUUAACCACACUGCCCACUGCCCCAUCACAAAGCCCACAGCUCCACCACAAGUAAGGUUUUAACGUUUUCACAAAAUUUCAAGCGUUCAAGUUUCGCAUAAUGCUGUGUUCAGGGCUGGCUUUCUUACAUUACCGUACUAUGCAGCAUACAGUAUUGCUGAGUGUGCACCGUGUGCAACUGAACUGAAGAGGUAAACAGUUCAUGGUGCUGUAACUGAAAUUGUGUUGUACUAUGAAGAAACCCUGCAUGCAACUAAUUAUUUGUAAGGAACAUGUAUUAAAUAAGCCGUCUCCAAGGGGAAAUACACCUAAAACAAGAUUAUGUGUUGACUGGUUGACAAAACCUUGCAAUGUCUAUCUGGAAGGAAAUUAACCGGGUAUUUGCCCUAGGAAGAGUGGUUCAGUAGUUGCUAAUUCAGUGUUCACAGUGACUUCGUAGAACACAACUACCACAAGUAACGAGAAUCAACUCUACCUUUAAGGUUAGUAAAGAUCUAAUUGUUACAAUUGUUCUUCUAAAUUAAACACAACUAUUAUGAGCACGCAAACAACGGGAACAAUACCUUCAAGUUUCUGAGGAAAAUUUAUCAAAUGUAAAAGUAAAACUUUAUUUGGAAAUGUAUGUCCUAAUGAAAUGUAUAGCAUUGUGGUGGUGGUGGUGGUGGUGUUUUAAUUAGCUCAUUUACCCAUGGACAACUAUCACUUAUUGCUAGAAGGAGGUACAGUCCAGCAUUAGUUCUGGUCCUGUCUUGGGCGGGGGUUGUAUGCAAACACUGAGAAACCUUGUUCCUAAAAAUAAGUAAAUAAGAAAUGGAAAGGGUUUUGUUAUGUAACUGGAUUUUUUGAUGCCUUCUGAAUGACAUAGCCAAAGUCUAGACAUAAUCUAUCCUAAAUAAAAUUUUGAAAUCCUCAGUUAACAGCAUGAUUCGGGUCUCCUGCAAUCUCUAUGAAAGCUAGCAAGUAGAAACCCCUGAGCUGCACGAUUCCAGACGUUAGUGUCAUUCACGUCUCAACACCAUGGAUACCUACUGGUUACACAGCUGGGAGGUUUUCCACCUUGCAGCAGUGUGCCUCAAGGAGACAACAAAUGAGUGUACGGUCUGCCUUUCUUAUGUGAACUGGGAGAAGUGGGUGUUGGGACAGCUGAACCCACUCAUUGCAUUCCCAGACCUCAGGCACCUUCUCAGGCAAGUCAGUUACAAGUGAGUGCAUGUGCAAGCCAAGGAACUGAACUCCUUUAAGUCUCCACUUGCAUGCAUGUGGGUGCAUGGAGCUGGCUCAUUCAAAGAAUACUGUACAGACAACACACGUUUGGAAAACAGUAAUAACUACUGCCUGACCCUGUAACAUACAUACUGACCUUGGACAUGACACUUGACCCCUCUGGGUCUAUGCCCUCAUCGUCCCAAUUUGAGGCUCAGCCUUUCUCACAGAACUGAUGGCAGGAUCAAAUGGAUACCAAGUUAGUUCAACAACACGGACCUGGACUCCAUGCCAGAGCACGUGAUAAGCACUGUGACUGCAAAGGAGAGAGAGACAAGGCCCUGCCCUCAGGGAGGGAGGGAGGAAUCGCACACAACACGGCAAGGGGCCAUAGAAGCACAGAGAAAACAAACGGGAGUUCUAUGGGGGACACAGGGGAGGCCAGAGGCCUAACCAACAAAAAGGACAUCUGAGUUAGAGCUAUAAGGGUGAAAAGACAGAUGGAACUGCAUUUUCAAAGGUGUGACAUUUGAGAAGCCCGUGGUGUUUUCGAGGAUGAUGAGCCCUCAGGGGCAGCUGAGGUCAUGGGGCACAGCCUGCAGUGGAAGGGCUACAUAUGAGAUGAUGAUGUAAAAGACAUUUAAGGUCCCCUGCGUAUUUCAGUAAAGAAGCUACGUGAACAACAGUAAGCGUCAUCAGGUAAAUGCAAAUUAAAACCUCAGACAACACUACACACCCACCAAAAUGGAUAUUGUGGAAAAGGUCAACAGUAUCAAGUGUUGGUGAGGAUGGAAAGCAGCUGGAGCCCAACACGUGACUGAUGGGAGUGUAAAAUCACACACUUGGAAAAUUGGCAGCUUCUCAAAAAGUUAAGCAUACCUAAGCCCAGCAAUUCCUCUCCUAGGUACUUACCUGAGAGAGAUGAAAACACAUCCACAAAAAGCCACGUAUAAGAACAUUCACAGGAGCCUUACAUAAAAUUGCCAAUGCCUCACAACCCAAAGGCGAACACUUCUCAGGGCAAUCACCAGUGACCGCCUUCCGAUGACCAACAAUAGCCCAAUUCACUCCCCAGAAAUCCUGUCCCAAGUUCCCCACAGUAAUUAGCUCCAGGCUUUCCAAUCAAGAACUCUAAUCAGUCAAAGGCACAGAGUCCCAAAACCAUUGUGAUCUUCCUUUUGAAAUACGGCUUUUGUACUCCAUAUUUGAUAAAGGAUGUGUCAGAUGCUCUGAGAACUGGCAAUAAACUAAAUCACAGCAAUGUCACAGUCACACUUCAGGGACCUCCACAGCUGUCCAGUUUCCCUCUCAACUCUUCUCUACCACCCACUCCACGCUGGGAACAACCAGCUCCACCCUUGGUCCAAGCAAAGUGCCAACUGAGGCAGCUAGCUGCCUUCUCUCCAACUGAAAGUGUUUCGAGAGUCUGAGUUCACAAAACUUCCUAGGAAAGAAUAGGCACUUGUAGCAACACAUCUAAUUUAAGCAGGUUCUACGCACCACAACAAUUAGGAUCAAGAGUAUAGAAAACUGUCACAGCGUAUGCUAUCUGGGAAAUGCUUAACUGCCCAGGAUUGUACUUCCCAGAGAUUCUGACUGAGUAGGUUUCAAGUAUAUUCCAGAAGUUGAGGGCAGGGUGGGUGUCUGAAAUUCCCCAUCUGCCUGAUUUUCACCCAAGUCUGGAACACUGGUAUGGUAUAAUUCAGUGUUUCUCAAACAAACAUGCAUCAGAAUCAUCUAGAGUGACAUUACUACAUCCUGCCAGAGUUCCAUCCGUAGAUCUGGAGUGAAACCCAAGGACGUGGCUUUCUGACAUUCCUAGGAGAUGCUGAUGGUAGCAGGACCAUACGCAGAGAACUAGUGGCAGAUGUAGAUUAAACCAUUAAUCAAGAAAUUUUGUUUAUUCCCCCCACUGGGAAAACAAAUUCCCAGCCACAGAACAUCAACAGCCUCAUGACCACAGCUACCAAGAAUCACUUCCUCUGAACACCUGUGGCUCUGUCUGCAGCCCCCAGCCUGUAGCCAGAUUUGCUUGUGCAGAUCUCUCCCAUUAGACAUGAGCUCCCUAUUAAAUAGCAUACUGCCCGCUUAGGUCACUAAACUCAUUGAUCUGUGAGAGGACCUCAGCGUAGAAAGUCAGAGAACAUGAGGCAGUUCCGUUCCUCAGAGACGAGGAAGCAGAGGCUGAGAAGAAAUGACCUGCUCGAGUUUAUGCAGCCCGCGUACUUCACCAGCCUGCUCGAGGAGGCAGACCUCUGAUGACUGCAGGAACCCGGCUCCCCUGCCCUCACUUGUGGGGAUUUGGCCAACCAGAAGCACUACGGGAGCCAGGUGGCAGCUGCCUGACAGCCACAGUGACAUGCUGGAGCUGCUCCCAAAAGGGCCUAUGUGCACCCCCCGACCCCCAGCCCCGCCAGCUCUGUGUUCAGUAACAUCAUAUCUGUCGCUGGAAUCGGCCAUAGUACAAGUAUUUACACCGCAGAAAUUGGCAGAUACUACAAAUGAGGGCUCCACACCACAGGAAGCCCAUUGUUAAGUCUUUACCAACACACCACUGGCUGCAGACCACGGCUCCCACUGGGAGCUCUCACCAGCUCCAGUAACACAUUUCCCCCACUUUUCCCUUCAGGCUUAGGGGGAGUUGUGGCUUCCUGGGGUGCUUCCACGUCUCUUACUGGUUGUCCUUACCCCUGCCCACACUCUGUCAACAGCUUCUUCAUUAAACUCUUCAACCACCUCUACUACUGCACCGUCCCUUUGCUGCUGGGACCCUAACCCAGUGAACUGCCUGGCAGUAGAGUUAAAAAUAGAACAGCGCCCACGCUGACAGCAGAAGAUGGGAACCAAUUUGGAGAAAGGAUUCAGUCCAUUAUGGUACGGUACUUCCACAGAGCACCACCCACCACAGAGCCUUUAAAAAGAUGGCAGCUUUAAUUACCGAUACACUACAAUCUCCUAGUGAUAAUCAGUGGGGGAAAGGAACAUGGGGAAUGGUAUGCAUAACAUGCUACCUUCAGUGUUAAAAAAAAAAAAAGAGAAGGACAAGAAGAAAACGUGCAUGGGUGUUUAGAAAUGCGUGGUACCUCUCUGGAAGUACAUGCCAGGUACUUUUAACAGGAGUUACCUCCUGCAAAAGGAAUGGGGGCCUGAAGGAGAGGGAAAGAAAGGGGACUUGCUUUUCACUUUGUAUGUUUUUGUGCCCUGUGAAUUUUAUACAACAUGUAAGUAUUAUGAAUAUACAUUUUUUUAAAAAAGAAGACGAAAGGAGAAUGCUCCAAUCUAGUGUUCUCCUCAGGCCAAGACAUCGUCCCCAUUACAAAACAGUCCUUGGAGAGCCCAUCCGCCAGCGGGUUGGGGUCCUUGUAGAACCCUCCGCCCCAUACACCCUGUGCCAAGAUGCAAUGCUAUGAUUAAAGUCCUAAGGUCAUCUUAAUUAGCACUUCAUGAUUCCUCCAACUUCUAAUUACCUGAUAGCCACCGUUUUAUUAUAAUUAAACUGCAGUUGUCUGCUGAUCAGGGAUUGUGCUCCUCCUCAGCACUCUGUGCUCAUUCUACUGUGAAUGACAGUCAGUGGACUGAAAAUAUAGGUCGAUAGAGCUCACUUGGCAGUCUACCGGGCAUCUCUCCUCCAAACCCACUGGAAGACAAAUGAAGCAUCCAGCAGAAAUUAUGGACUUGGUUGCCAAAUACCAGAUAAGUAAAUUAUCUCCCAAAAAUGUAUAGUCUGUAUUAGAAGUAGUUUACUGGAAAAAAAAAUUAAGCCUUUAAUAAAGUAUUUUUCUUUUGCUCUCCUUCUUUAACAUAUUCCAAAGCCCAACUCUUGUAUGGAUGCUACAAUCAUCUGGGGAAAAGGAAAAUGUGCUCCCUUAGUAUGGAACCAGCCAAAUUAGAAAAGGCAAAAACAAAUUUGAAUGUCCAAAAUCUCCAGUUCCCGAACCAAAUUCAUAUACCCAAGACGUGUGGAAUGUCAAGGGGAGGACCAGCAAGACUGCAAGGCUUAAAUUAACUCAUGUGUCCCCUAAGGCUUACUUCCCACCAACUCCAGAAGCACAUUUUUAGGACACAGAGAUGGUGGCAACCAUCCAAAAUUCAUGCCAAAAAUGGAUUUUAAAAAGUAUGAACAAAAAACAUUCAUCAGACAGCCUAGAAUAAAUUUCUCCACUGAGGUACUUUCUUCCCUCAAUAAUGUUAGAUCAAAACAGGUGGGUGUGUAUUAAUCGUCAGGGGAGAGCAACACAGAAAACAGCAUGUGCUCCGCCUGGCUGUGAUUUGGACACCAGAGAAGCAGAGGUGCAUGGGAUGGGCCAUUGUUAAUUUCAUGUCUCAUUACAUGCUGUAAGUGGAUGCCAUUUUUUUAUGCCUUUGAAGGCUCUUGAUACAGGAAAACAGAAAAGGACAAAUCCCUAAGACAACUCAAACUGGGCCUUACGGUCCAACAAUUGUUCUUAUCUAAGGUUUUCCUCAGUUCAUAUGGAAGAAUCAUCCUUCCCUUGUUCUCACGCUUGCGACCUGAUGGAAACCACCUGUGAAUUAUGGCACAGCAUUUUGCACACCUGAGCCACUGCUUGCUUUUUUUUCUUAAGCUUCCUCCCUAUGUUGUUUCCGACCUUUGACAUCUAUUUCCGCUCCUACUGAACAUGUUUCAGAAUUGUUCAGGAUACCUCCUCCUGUUGUCCAUUGGUGGAAAAGCCUGUGGAGGUUUGUGGUCCCUGCCAGAAAGAGGCUAAAUAAAUCCCAAGAGGAUACUUGCUGUGCCUCUUUGCAGCAUCAGUGCAGCAAACAGGGCUGAAAACCUGCUGGGACAGCAGAAUUCUGUUUCCCCGAGAGCCCACGCACUCUGCUCCCUGAAUGGGGCACUAGUGGCAGCUUGGUCUCAUGGGUCUGCUCCUGGCCGCACAGACAACAUAAGGGCCUACCUUUGACCAAGACACCUCAGGCUGAAAUGUCCUCUCCUGUCCCUACAGCCACCAAUGGCAUUCCACUGUUUAAAUCUGUGUCCUCUGAUGUCUCAGAGGGGUUUUUUUAUUUGCCCUGCCGCUCCCCAUUUGUUUACCUUAGCUACUCAUUCUUGCUUCCAAAGUAGUCUUGUGAAUGUCCCUUCCCACAUACAGGGAAAUUGAAGGGCCAUAGUGGGAGCUACAGAGCCGUGCACUGCCCUUUGCCCAUCCCUCCAGCUGCGGAAACUUUCAUUUUUAAACUGCUGGAGAAGCUGCAUUGAAGGCAAGUCAAAGCCUCAGAGUCAGAAGACUGGACAGUGACCACCUGAGAACACAUUCUAUUUUAAUCCAUUUGAUAGCAUGUGGGAGGUUUAAGGCAUGCAGAGAGAGAGCCGGAUGAUUUUGGAGAGAGAGACUGCAAAGCAAAAGGGAGCCUUCAUCAGAGGAAGAAACCUGACUAAAGGGAUAGAAAACAGCUGAGGACCUUCACUGGUGAGCACGCGUCUCUAUAAAUAGCAGCUGAGACCCUUCCUAGAGGGAAAGGCAUCGGGUGGGGGAAGGAGGCAAUCAUAGCCUGGAAUGCUCACAGAACUCCAUAGCCAGUUGAGAGUUUCCUGUUAACUACAAAUAAUAAAAAGGUGAUAGACAGGUUGCUACUUAUCUCCUGAAACCCUUAAUCAGAGUAUGGGCCACAGCUGCUAAUAAGAUGUGUCAUGUCUGUUGUUGGGAAAUAUAUUUUCAAAACCUCACUUAGAAAAAGUGACCUUCAUUAGUCACCGCCUAAGGCCGCCAAUGUAUGCUCAGAAAUUCUAUUUCUUCCAUAUUACUAUAACUAGAAUAUCUCCCUGCAUAUUUAUAAAGUGCCUGUCGCAUGACUCCUCUGUUCAAAACCCUCAAAAGCUCCCAGUUUCACUCAGAGUAAAAGCCAAAGUCCUUUAGGAUAAUGAAAGACAAGAAAAAAAGACUAGAAGAAAGUAU